UGUGCACAGUUUAGUGCUUCACGGGUAUUGACUGAGUGAAAAUGAAAUUUCUGGAAAGGUUUAUCGCGUUCACCUUUAUCUCGCUUCUAUGUGCUGAGAUAGUUCUCAGUCAAACUCCAGGAUAUGAAUAUGAAUAUGAAUACUACUAUGAAGAUGAAAUUACUACGACGACCAAGAAGCCAGUAACUACUACAACAGCACGAAGAUCGACAACAACUAGAAGACGCAAUGGACAAUAUGCUUCAGCUACAACAAAGCGUUCGACUUCUCAAAAAUAUCAGGCUUCGCGACCGGAUGUCAUCCUGAACAUAAUAUCGGACAUGUAUGGUCUGAGCAAUAUGGGAGUAAAUGGUAGACAAGGUGGAUACGGAGGACAACGUUAUACAUCAAAUGUUGGGUAUGGAAGAUAUUCCAAUCGUUAUUCGUCUCGGUACGGUAGUCCUAUCGAAUAUUGGUAUACAAUGCGCCCUGGCUCUUCCGGAUCUGCUAAAGGUAGACAACCCGCAAUAAUAGAUUACGGUGGUGAUUAUGAUGACGACUAUUAUACGGAUUAUUACGACUACUAUUACAAUUCUCGCUCUCCACCUAGAACCAGAUCUGAAGCGCAACGCAGAGGCUCAAAUCGAGCUUUAUUUAAUUUCAUGUUGAAUACAUUGUAUUCCAGAAGGAGACGAUAAACGGAAUAAA